ACAGAAAAAAUCUGCAGGAAAUUUGGCGAGAAGGGGAACGCAGCCGGUGGUUCGCUACGAGAAUAUGUUCGCCUACAUGACCAAAGACGCGACUGGAGGCCAUAAGGGCGCCGCGCCCAAGCCCCAGCAGGAACCGAAGAAGUCCGGCCAGCAGCAGCAGCAGCAGCGCCUGGUUAACCUCAGGAACAAAGUCCUUUUCAGCGAUCGGGACGAGGCGAAGCUUAUCAUCGACCUGGAACGCCAACUUGCGGACAAACAGGUCAACAUGGCUGACCUGAGGCGGACGAUGUAUGACCUGGAUCGUGACCGGAACGACUUCCUCUCCGGGGAACAGGUCAAAACCGCCCUGCAGCGGUGCAACGUCGACCUGCCCCCUGACCUGCUCGCCCGCCUCAUGCUGGCCACGGACCGCACGGGCGCCGGCAUGCACAAGAUCGAGGCCCUCAUGAACUAUCUCACCAAAGUCAAGCCCGAAGCCCAUGGUAUCAUGAUAGGCAGCAGAUACGAACCCCCGGUGGCGAGAGGAGGGCGGGGGUCGACCUUCCAGAGUCAGGCGUCUUUGCAGCCCUCGUGGGGGGCGCCGACCCUGCCGCUGCAACAGUUGCCAGCGAAGACGGACUACCUACCUGACGAAGGCUUCAUCGAGGCUGAGGCUCCAGGGUCGGUCUCCCGCGCCCCCUCCCUGGCCCCCUCCCCGACGCCCUUCCAGCCUGCGAAUUCUCCCGUAGGACCGGGGGAGGCGCUGGAGGAGGAGGAGGAGGAGGACCAGGAGCCCUUCAACAUGCACAAGUGGAGUGAGGACUAUACGCACCUCGCCCAGGCCGUGUACGGGGCCGACCACGACCAGUCGGGGUACAUGCCACCGGAGGAGGUUCGCCACGUGGCCUCCACCUACAACCUCGUCUACAACCUCAACAUCUCGGAGGCGUCGUUGACCUCGGCCAUCUCGUCGGCCACUGACCCGAGCUACGGCGAGGUCAACCUUGAGUACUUCGUCGCCAGCCUCCAAGACCUUCACUUCCAGGAGAAGGGAGCGUAUUGAGUACAAACUUCGGACAGGUUGGCGACUGCGCGACCGUUAUGGUUUUAUUUUUGAAUUUUAUCAUCAUUCUGUUUAUUUAUUUGUUUUACUGAUUUUAUUUAUUUAUUUUUGAGGGGGCCUUUAUUUGCAGUCUUUUCGUGUGUGUGUCUUAUUGUUAUCAUUAAGAUUUUUUUUUUUUUUUUACUUAAUUUAUAUUUCACUCUUGUUUGUGGAAGAUUAUGUCGAUAUAUUUGUUUUCUCUCAUUCUCCUUCUUUCCUCGUUCUCUUCUCUGCAUCUUUUCUAAUUCCCUUUUUUUCGAUAUUCGUAAAGAUGCUUAAAGAUAAUUCAGGGAUGAGGAGAACGAGCGUAAAUUAAUUAUGGAGAUCGGUCUUCACUCUUUAUCAGUUUUUGUCUGUCCUAACUAUUGAUAUACCUGAAUCUAUCUUAAGGAGAAUGUACCACGAAGCAUUCUCUCUUUUUUUUUUAGAUUAAUAAUUCAAAUUACAUAUAAAAUUUAUUCUAAUUAUCAUCCCGUUGAAGGGAUACGAACUCACUCACUUUUGCAGCUGAGUGAGAGUUCGAAUCUAGCAUGCGUGAAGAUAAUGCUACAAACAUUAUCAUAUUUAUACAUUUCUUAUAUAUUUAAGAGUAAAUUGGUCUUACUCGGACGGAAAUGUUAGAAAGAGAGUAUAGUAGUAUUGUUUUGAAGUAAAGAGUAAAGUCAUUCUGUUUUUGUCUAGUGGUUUGUGGGUUUAUCUCUCUCUCUCUCUUUCUUUUUCUCUU